AUGCGCUCCACAAUCUACCUCCAGUUCCUGGCCCCGGCCCUCGCCCUGGCCCAGCUGGGUGACAACUCCACCAUGACGGUCACCGCCGGCGCCGUCACGGUCGACGGCACCUGCGGUCGCCAGAACGGCGGCACCGUCUGUGGCGACUUUGUCGACGGCAACUGCUGCUCCAUGUACGGCUACUGCGGCAAGACGACGGCCUACUGCGGCUUCGGCUGCCAGUCCGGCGACUGCACCAACAAGCCCCAGGUCGCCCCGACCGGCUUCACCUACACCAUGGACGGCUCCUGCGGCGCCACCGUCCUCUGCGGCGACUGGGAGGACGGAGACUGCUGCUCCGCCGCCGGCUGGUGUGGCAAGACCGCCGACUACUGCGGCGUCGGCUGCAUCCACGGCAAGUGCCUGGGCACCAACGCCCCCGACGGCGCCAGUGCCACGUCCGCCGCCCCUCUCAGCACCGGCGUCGCCGAUGCCGCUCCCGCUGGCCCCCUGAGCACCGGCGUCCAGGACCAGGCUCCCGCCCCCAGCGUCAUCCCUCCCUUCGCCAACACCACGGCCCCCGCCGACGAGGCUGCCGCCGCCAGCGCCGCCGCCGCCGUGACCGAGACCACCAUCUCCACCGUGGUCGAGGCCACCCCCACCGCCCCCGUCGAGUCGGCCAGCGCCCUGCCUCCCUUUGCCAACACCACCGCCCCCGACGCCGCCGCCCCGGUCGUCGAGCCGCCCACCACCGCCACCGCCCCGGCGCCCACCCUGAUCGUCGAGCCCGUCAACGACGCCACCAACGCCACCACGCCCGCCAACACCGCCGCCGCCGCCGUCGUCCCGACCCGCGAGAACACCCCCGCCCCCGCCGGCAAGAUCUGGGCCAUCGACGGCUUCUGCAACGCCACCGCCCUCUGUGGGCCCUGGGAGUCCGGAUCCUGCUGCAGCUCUUAUGGCUGGUGCGGCAAGAGCGAGCUCCACUGCGGUCCCGGCUGCCAGUCGGGCGACUGCCUGACCGCCCCGGCCUCCGCCUCCGCCCAGGACGCCGCCUCCACCUUUGCCACCACCGUCGUCGCUGCGUCCCAGGAUGCUGCUGCCGCCACCCAGGAGGCCAGCAUCAUGACCGCCGCCCCCACCGUCGAGGCCACCACCGAGGCUGCGGCUGAGCCUACCACCAUCACCAUGGAGUAGGUGCUGGAAACUUGAGACAGAGACUAGAGGCGAUGAGAGUCGAGCAUCACUGGUAGACACUGCGGAUUGCGCAUUCGCGACAGUGAUGACGAGAAAAUAAGGUUUUCAUUUUUUUUCCUUUUGUUUUGGAGGACUGGCAGAGUGAUAACAAAACAUCUUUGUACCGGUGGGACUAUGGUCGACUUUUCAAUAAACGCAAAGAAUUUAUAAAAAGCUCAAUUGGGG